AUGCGGUGAUCAUCGAACAGCUGAGGACAUCUGGGCAUGCAGCCCAAGCGACUCCAGCUACCUGAUGCUCCUUGUACAUUGCUGUGGUUGCAGAGGUUUUUGACAUGUGAAUUCACCAAUUUUCUAUAUGACUAGUUCGAUUGGAGUCAGGGGUUUAAAAAGAGGAAUCGGUGAAUGUGCCCUGUCGAUUUCGGAAUCGGCCCAAGAACCCUAGACUCGGCCAUUUGAUAUGGAAACCCACGAUUCAGGGAAUUAUUGACUGUGAAGAAGUUCAAUUGGAUGUUGACAAGAACGGACGAGAACAGUGUUCUUGAACACUCAGAAUUUGCCGCUGGCUGAAGAGGUUGGUCUCGAUCGAUCUUGUUAGGCUGGACGGGUGUGGUAUCUGUUCCCUGGUUUCUCUUGCGACUCUCUACUUAUAGGUGACGUUCACACCGAGGGAGAGUGAUCGUGUUCAGGGCAUUGGGGUUGAUGAUCGCCGUGUUCUGGAGACCACUCUCAAGGUUGAUUGCUGGUUUACUGUUAUAAAGUUCUCCAUGGUCUUGAAAAUUGCUGAUGGUGAUCUUCUCUUCCCUCUCACUCUCUGCAUUUAAGCUAGGGGAUGCGUUGACAUUUCUGCCCCCAAGCAAUCCAACAGUUGAAAGUCUUAGAGACUCUGCUUCCUUCCCUUUUGUUCUUCCAAGCAAAAACCCUAAAGAAGAGCGCCACUGAGUACAGUGGUGAAAUUUCCGGUGGUACCUGCGUCGUUGGUCUCCCUCAGAUAAGUCUCUCUCUGAUUUCUGAAAUCUUUCAUCUUCUUCAGAUUCAUUGACUAGCCGUGGAGAUCUUCGGUUAGCGUUCCCGGUUUGUCAAUCAGAAUUGGAUCAUCAUACUAGUCUUCGCUCGCUCUCUCUCUGUCUCUCUUUCCCUAUACUCCCUUCCGAUGGCAGCCAUGGAAGGGGUUUUGGGAGCUCAAGAUCAGGCUCAAGUGCAGCAGCAGCAGCAGCAGCAGCCGCCCAGGGUGGAGAAGCUGAACUUGGCAGUACAGCAGCAACUUAACCUUGAAUCUGUGAAAACUCGAGCCAUCGGCCUCUUCAAAGCCAUCUCUCGUAUCCUUGAAGACUUUGAUGCCAUUGCUCGUACUAAUGCUGUCCCUAAAUGGCAGGAUAUUCUGGGGCAAUUUUCUAUGGUAAAUCUUGAGCUUUUCAACAUUGUAGAAGAUAUAAAGAAGGUGUCCAAGGCAUUUGUAGUUCAUCCAAGGAACGUAAAUGCUGAGAAUGCAACAAUUCUACCCGUUAUGUUGUCAUCAAAACUAUUGCCAGAAAUGGAAGCAGAGGACUCCACCAAGAGAGAACAGUUAUUAAUUGGGAUGCAAAACUUGCCAAUAUCCGCACAAAUCGAAAAAUUAAAGACUAGAAUUGAUAUGAUCGCGGCAGCCUGCGAGAGUGCUGAAAAGGUUAUAGCUGAUGCCCGUAAAGCCUAUGGUUUAGGUACUCGUCAAGGGCCCACAAUCGUCCCAACUAUAGACAAGGUUCAGGCUGCAAAAAUUCAAGAACAAGAAAACUUGCUUCGAGCUGCUGCAAAUUUUGGUGAAGGUUUACGAUUACCUGGAGAGCAGAGACAUAUCCCAUCUUCUCUUCCCAUGCAUCUGGUAGACGUGCUUCCUGCUGGUGAUGGUGCUCACAUUACUGAUGCUUCUGGUAUGUACCCAAAGAAUGCUCCUACUUCUAACAGCAUUAAUAGCCAGGGAGCUAUGCCACAGUCACUUGGGAGGUCUGUUCCCUCUCCUUCUGCAGCAACUGGAGCUACUUCCUUCGAUAAUACCACUGCAUCUCCACUGCCAUAUGCCAACUCACCUAGAUCUGGCACAAACAUGAUGAACACACCUUCUCCUCAGCAACAGGCACAAGCGCAAGCGCAAGCACAACAGCAGCAACAGCAGCAACAGAGGCAGAAGAUGAUCCAAUUACUUCCACAUCAACAGCAGCUCCUGGCUCAACAACAGUUCAGACAGUCUUCUACACCAGGACUGGGGCAGACCCAGCUCCCACAACUGCAUGAUUUGCAGGGCCAAGCUCAGCAGAAAUUUCAAACGGUUCAUGGACAGCAUCAGAUGCAAUUUCCUCAGCCAUUGGCGCACCAGCAAUUCCAGAAUAGGCAAUUGCAGUCUGGGCAUGUUCAGCAUAGCAUUGGGCAAAGUCAACUCAAUCAAGGAAAUCAGCUAAGGAAUCAUUUAAGCCAGUUUACAGGAGCUGCAAACAGUACUUUGUUCAAUACUGCUCAGACAUCACCCAAUUCUCAAAUGAUUUCAAACAUGCCUGCUACAAUGCAAUCGCAAUUGCCUCGAAUGCAGUUUGGGCUAUCUGGUGGUCAUACUCAACGGAGUCAUGCGUCCCAAAUCCUAAGUGACCCAAUGUUUAACAUGGGGGUGGGGAAUCCAAGUAACAUGAUGCCGAUGCAGCAGCAACAGCAGCAGCAUGCUGUUCAAGGUGGAUUUGGAACUAUGCAGGGCAAUGCUCAGAAUCUGCAGCCUGGAACAGUAGCCUUGCAGAAUGCAUCACAGAAUCCCAAUUUCACACAGAGACAGCAAGGCCAACAGUAACACGAUGACCUGAAGGCUCCUUGAAUGUUCAAUCUAUUCAUUGAUGCUCCAACCAUUUGGAAGAGGAUUGCAAUUUUGAAGCAGUUUGGGGAGUCGUAUCUUAACCAGGUACAGGCACUAUGAGAAAUUGGCAUUUGGAAAUGAAAUGUUUGAUUCAUUUUGUAAUCAACCAAUGAUAAGGAUGAUCUACCGUCUUAAUAGAUCAUCACUAUCUUGGCUGCUGAGCAUUAUGCUGCAGCCGUUUACUGCCGUUUCUUCUCUCGUCUGUCUUUGUAUUUGCUUAUCGUUAUUUUUUUUUUUAAUAUAUGAAGUUUUACCCGUUAUCUUCUCGCAAGGAAAGAGAGGAAGAACAUUGCUUGUUGGGUGAAGCUUUAUGGAUCAAUUCUACUGUAUGAUUAAAUCAAACGGCAAAUCACACCGUGGAAUGUAGCAUUACAGAUUAAUAAAGAUCGUCGAGUCCAGGUUUUGGUUCA